CGCAAGUGACACGAAUCGCGCGCGACUCGCAGAGCCUUCCAAAGCCAGAGACACUCAGCAGCAGGACACCAGCAGAAGGAUUAUAGUUAUUUGUGUGCAAAGUGCUUAACCCAAACUAAGCAGAUCUCGAUCUGCGGCUAACUGAAGCAAGUGAAUUAUUAAGAAAAAACUAAGUGAAUUAACAUCUAUUAACACCAGCCAAGGGAGAUACGAGUGAAGUUAUUGCGGAUAGUAAAAGAAAAUACAAUUGCGAUCGUUCAUCACCUGAGCUCAGAUACCAGGACAACACACAAACAACCAUUUACUUGGCGCGUGUAGAAAACAUACAGUGAUAAUUAGUUGCCUGUCUGGCGCAACAACAACAACAAAAGGGAGCUGUGCAAUAAAAAUUAAUUAGAAAAUAUUUCACAUCACACAGCCGCAAUUUGUCAAGGGGAAAAAGCGCACAAAAGUAUGCUUGCGGUCUCGCGCUCAAUUUCUAAUUAGAGAGAUAGAGAGAGAGAGAGAGAGCUGCUCGCCUGCUCACAGCAAAAAAAAACCCUCAAAAAUUAACUGAAGAGCUGGAAAUUAAACAAAAGCAGCAAAAGCGACUAUGCAAAGUAUGCUGGGGCUUAACCAUAUGAAAACUUAAAGCGCUCCAUCCCCCCAACAAAAAAAGGAACAAGAAGCAGGACUCCAACUCCACUGAAUUUAACAAAAAAAAGAAAAGCAAAACUCCAAACUCCGCCGGGCGCGGAACAAUGAGAAUCAUUUCGCGCAGCAUACGUUCUGGAGACUCCUCUGUACUCUUUAGGAAAGGCAACCGCGCAACGUUCAAAAUGAAUUGCCCCAUUCUGAUUGUAAUUAGCCUCGGCUGGCUGCUGCACGCUCACGGCGGAAGCAACGGGGGCGCCGUCGAGGCCGCCAUUUCAAAUCGAGGUGGCAACAGCCGUUCGAUGAGCAACGUUCAGCAAUCGCAACAGGCCGCCCCCUCAUCGUUGACCGCCCCCCAGCCACGUUUCCUGUCCCGCGGACACACCUAUCGCGCCGUCGUCGGGGACACACUCGUCCUGCCCUGCCAGGUGGAGAAUCUAGGCAAUUUCGUCCUUCUGUGGCGACGGGGACCAAAUGUGCUCACUGCCUCCAACAUUAUGGUUACACGGGAUGAGCGCGUAAGACUGAUAGAUGGUUAUAAUUUAGAGAUAUCCGAUUUGGAGCCCCAAGACGCCGGGGAUUAUGUUUGUCAAAUCAGUGACAAAAUAAAUCGUGAUCAAGUGCACACAGUUGAGAUAUUGGUGCCACCUAGCGUCCGGGCCAUACCCACAUCCGGCCAGUUGCAGGCGAGGAAAGGAGGACCCAUUACGCUGGAGUGCAAGGGAUCCGGUAAUCCGGUGCCAUCCAUUUACUGGACCAAGAAGAGCGGCGCUAACAAGUCAACGGCAAGGAUCGGCGAUGGACCCAUAUUGACCCUGGAGAAGCUGGAGCGUCAGCAGGCGGGCGUCUAUCAGUGUACCGCCGACAAUGGUGUGGGCGAUCCUGUGACAGUCGACAUGAGGCUGGAUGUGCUGUAUCCCCCGGAUAUACAAGUGGAGAAGUCGUGGAUACACUCGGGCGAAGGAUUCGAGGCGAAACUCGUUUGCAUUGUUUACGCUGAUCCAGUCGCAACGGUGUCCUGGUACCAGAACUCAUUUCCAAUCCAAUCGACCGACAGACGCAUCAUGAACACCAGGGCCAACCGGCACACGCUCACCAUACGCCACAUCCAGCAGGAGGACUUUGGCAACUACAGCUGCGUGGCAGACAAUUCACUGGGACGAUCCCGCAAGUACAUGGAGCUCUCUGGACGCCCGGGACCUGCCGAGUUCUACUCACCCAAGUGGGGUCGCUCGCCGGACAGUUACAAUCUGACCUGGAAAAUCGAUAGCUACCCGCCGCUGGAGGAGGUGCGUCUGCUCUACCGUCGAGUGCUGAUGAACGAUUCGUUCCAGCAGCCGGGCAGGUGGCACGACUUUAUCCUCACCCCGGAGCACCGGCCGGCCUCGGAACCCCUGACACACAUCAUGUCCUACACCAUUAAGAAUCUGCAUCCUGGCGCUUACUACGAGGCGAUUGUGCAGGCCAAGAAUCGCUACGGUUGGAACGAGGUCAGCGAUAUAUUUCAAUUUAUCGUCGCCAGCAACAACGUGGACAUUGGCCCCGAGGACGCAGAGGUCGUGGCCAGCUCCAAGUCGCGUAGCAACAGUGGUGCCGUCGCCAGUCCGCCAGGGUCCUUGCCCCAGAGCCUGCUCCUGCACUCUGCCCUGCUGCUCGUCCUGGCCUUGAGUAAUUGUCAGUUCGACAGACGCCGCCUGGGCCUGGGAUAAGCGGUUAACUCGGCAGGAGAGGAUCGGCACGAGGAGGACGAGCAGUCACAGCACUGGACACUCCUCCGGAGACGCUCACAAACACACCAGCAGACUGGCGGGGAAGCACAAAAACCAACGAUAUGAGCUGUAAGAUACAGAAGAAGUCAAGAGAAACAAAGUUCACAGCUAGUUUGGCUAUUUCUAGAGGAUUUUUGAUCAUUUUACCUUAAAUUGUGUUCCUUUUUCCGGUCAGUCGGAGAAAUAACCAAAGAGCAGAGCGAAUGCAUCACAUUAGAAGCGAGUUAAUUGAAAAAGCACGAUGAUGGAGUGGAGUGAGGGAAAUAAAAUGAAAAUUGAACCCAUGUACAUAAUUUUUUAAGUGUUUGUCCACGAAUAAAUUAGCACACACGCUGAAACCAACAUCAGACCGGAAGAUGGUUAAUGGAAAUUGCAAUUUGAGAAUGCAAAUCCACUAUCGAAAUCCAAAUCCAAAUCCAAACCCAAACCUAACCAUCUCCAUACCCCCAUACCCACGGUAGAAUAAGCCACUCGAACUAGGUCAUGUAAAUAAGCAUUAGAUAUCUGAAUGUGAACUGCAUUUUACUUCAUAAAAGGUCGGGGGCUCCGUGCCCGACGCAGGAUGUGUAUGUAAAUUAAGCAAACAUUAUAUAGUGAUAUUAUUUAGUUGCAAACGAAACCAUAAAUAACAAAAUAUUGAGGCAGAAAGAAAAAAAAAACACGAAAACCACACACACACCGCAGGAUGUUAGUAUGUAAAGUAUUUGCCACUUUUGCGUUCAGAUUUGAUGUCCAUUUCGAUUCCAUAUUUCGUUCCACUGCCAUUCCUUGCAGGUGUAGUUAUAUUUUAGUUAAUAAGCGCACCAGUAACCAGUAAAGCAUAACAUAACGUAACAGCAAUUCAAUGUAAUGUUUUUCGAUGUAAACUAGGACGUAAGCAAACAUGUUGUACCACCAAGAGCGGGGGAGCGAUCGGAUCUCAGCUAGUCCCCAGUCAUUCGGAAUAUGAGUCGGAGUAUUUGAAUCUGAAUCUGAAUUUUGCAUACAUAUUUAGCGGCACGAGUGUCACCUGUAAAUACAUGAUAAAUACGGUACUUAUUGAGUGUUACAGAAACCCAGAGCAGGCAUUUUAUCAGCUUUUGCACCUUUCCAAUUGUACGUACGACCCGAGUCGAGUCCGUACUGUUUCAUUUAGGGCACACAAACAAUAGAGGUCAGCGCUCUCACUUGUAUAUUUUAUAGGCCGCGGCCCCUCGAACUCGUCUACAAAUCCUGUACUUAGCAUGUCGAACGAAGCCAAAAACCGAAACCGAAACUGAAACCAAAAACAGAAAUAAAUCUCAAGCAAAAGCGUUACAAUUUAUCUACAUAAAUGUGUAUGUGUGUACCUUACAUAGCCAGUUGAAUGCGGAAGGAGGAGUCGUAUGCAUUAUGCAGAUUAAACAGACACAGACAGACGCGGAACCUACACACACAUGAGUAUAAUUCAGAUAAACCAGAAAUAGCGUCAUUAAAAGUGAAUUCAUUAAUUACUAACUACACAUAGUACGAUGCUAAUUGUAUGAUUAAUGCGCAUAAGAAACCCUAAACUAUUCAAAAAUAAAG